CACUCGCAUUCCAUCAUCCAUCAUCAUCCAUUAAAGGUUGGCCCUAUACGCUUGUGACUUUUCCCAACACAACCGUCUGUUCCCCGCGAAAUCACACAACCACUCGCUACACACUCUCGCUUUACCUACACCACACAGCCCGGCUUGUCUUUCGAUACAGGCCGUAAAACAUUCAACUCCAACACAGCGUGGGAUCCAAAGGAAAUCAGGAUGCCUUCGCGACUAUCAAGCCCGAUGCUGUCUUUGGACAUUAAUCACAUCGCUAAGGUUGACCCAAGAAAUGUGGAUAAUUUGUUCAGUAUGUGGACUAUCUUUUCAAAGUGUGCCGAGUCUUUGGAGAAUGGAAGGCGGUUAGAGAAUUUGAGCUGGAGGGUGUGGAACAGGGAGACAUUUUGUUGUGACGAUACAACGACACCCAAUACCCCGGUUCCAGUGAAGAAGCCAAAGCGACAGGAUUCUGAAAUCUCGGAUUUACCAGAACUUUCGACGAGCGUUGAGUCCGUUGCCUCGGAGUGUGAGUUCCCAAAGGAGCCACGGUCGGAUGCGGUUAACAUUCGAUCUUCACGGCCUUGUUUGACCCGGAGUGAUUCCAGUGAGCGCUACCGGGGUAAAGAGAAGCAUAUGACACCUGUGCACUUGGUCAAGUUGAUGGAGGAUUUGGAUAGGAGCAAGUCGAGUGCAGAGGAUUGGAUCUCCAGAAGGAGUUUCAUCAACACACAUAUUUCAACCGAUGCGGAGCCUUCCGUGCCAGCACAAGAAGCUACUUCAAUGGCUUCAGUAUCCCCCAUGUCUUCUACUGCCGAUCGUGCAUCUCCCGUAGGGUCGGAGUCGAGUAAGUCAUCGGAGCAAAGCAGCCACAGUGUCGUCCGUGGAUUUUCACCUGGGCAGGUAUCUUCAUCGUACCGAUCAAAAACAAGGAUGGCACCGGAGCCUAGUCCAGUGAAGGCAUCGGUGGUGCCCAAGAAGUCAAAGAAAAUGUGGAUCAUUGGUUCAUCACCUUCAUCAGUAUCUGACGAUGAGACGGAUAUGGAUCAUAGCUUCAGCAUCAACAGCUGUCGGGACCCUCAGGUUAGCGGACUGGCGGAGGGACUGAAGAUAGCAGGCAAGAAGAAGCGGACAUCAUUCAGAGACGAGGUUGCCACACGAACAGUUUACGAUGAGGACACAUUCAGUGAUGACGAUGAGAACGUUUCAGAGAGUGCCAUUGAGGAUGAUGAUGAUUGUUCCUCUGACUGGGAAUCAUCUACCGAUAGCGCACAAUCCAGCUACACUGAAACCGCUAUGUUCCAACGUGUAGAAAGCCGGCCUCAACUUGUCACUCGCCGUUCUCUUCUGUCUACCCUGCUCCAUGAGCCUAAGCGAGCACCCGUGCUGACAAACGGCGGAUCCCGUUCGACACCUGCCAUCCGAUCGCGCAAUACCUCGCCUUCAGGCCCCUCACUCGCCGCUUCACCCCGCAAAGAAUCCUCGCUGAUUUCCAAGGCGGCCGCUGGGGUUAGCCACUCGAAGCCAAUCAUUGUUACUACUAGCAACAUGCAUCCACCUGCACUUUCGCCACGCACGACAAGGCGAAACAUGCUCGCCACCGAGCUGACAGAAUCUCUCCGAAAGCACUUGCUUUGGGAGAGACAGCAGAAGAACACCACUGCUUCGGCCGUCCUAAAAAGGCGUCACACGGCACAUGAUGUUACAAAGCUCAAUGACUACCCCCAGCCUAACUUUAUGUCGGGCAACAAGGGAAACGCAUCCAAGAAUAAUUCUUGGAAUCACUACUUCGAGACACAUGAGUAUCAUGUGGCGGGAUGGUAAUGGGUUGUAAGAUUGGGAAAAGGAAAACAAUUAGAAGGGUUUAGGAGGAAAAAGAACCUUGUACAGGAAAUACCAGCGGUAUAGGAAAAGCUUUUUUUAUUCGACUUUCGGAGUACAUUAUUUUAUAAUUAUCGGUCACAUACCAUCACCCCUUUCAGCACCUCAACAUAUCACGGCUUUAAUGAAUGGAUUUUGCGCUGGGUUGGUUUUAACGGUUGGGGGGGGGGGUCGGGUUUCAGGCAUUUUUUUAAUUUCUUUUAUCUGCGAAUUCCCAUUUGUUUCUUUUGUUCUAUUCCCAACGGUGAAAGGUGGUCUUUAUUUAUCUAUUAUAGUUGCCUUUGCGUUCAUUUUAACGGUGUCAGCCAGUCUUUUUUCUACUUGGGAUAUGCUUUUUGUCUUUUGUUCAUUUCUUGUUUUAUUUACCAAGUGGGGCGUAUUCUGAAUUUGUCUUUUCCGGCAUAUCGGUGUAUUCGGAUUUUUUUGUCUGCCUUUUUCCUCUCUACUUUCAUAUCUUUUAAGGGUGGGUUUAGUUCAUUUUCAUUGGAGUCGGGUCCGCAUCGGGAGUCACGACUUUUGAUCCUUUUUAUUUUAUAUAUAUAUAUUGAAAUUUCUUUUUUUUCAAAGUCUGCCCUUUGCUCAUUCUCAUGUCGAGAUAUGAUAGGGAGAAGGGGGGGAAGGCGAGGAAGUAAAAGCAAAUGUUAUAAAGCAAGGGAAAAGGAAAAGAGCGGGAAUCAAAAUGUACUUUUAUCGUAUCGAAGAAUUAUUCAAGAAAAAAGCCAAAAAAA